AUGCACAUUAAGAAGAUCACAAUUCAAGGGUUCAAGACCUAUAAGAAUCCUACGGUAAUUGACUUGGUGUCCCCCCAUCACAAUGUCGUUGUGGGACGUAAUGGAUCGGGGAAGUCUAAUUUCUUCAUGGCAAUUCGAUUUGUCUUGAGUGACGCCUACACUAAUAUGUCCAAAGACGAUAGGCAGCACUUGAUCCAUGAUGGUGCUGGAACAGUCAUGUCUGCUUAUGUGGAAAUUGUGUUUGAUAAUAGUGAUGGAAGGUUCCCUAGUAAGAAGAGUGAGGUAACGUUGAGACGUACCAUUGGUAUUAAGAAGGAUGAUUAUUUUCUUGAUGGGAAGUCCGCUACUCGGUCUGACGUGAUGAAUUUGUUGGAAAGUUCAGGAUUCUCCAGAUCUAAUCCGUACUAUAUUGUCCCUCAGGGGAAAAUCACCAGUUUGACCAAUUCCAAGGACCAUGAACGGUUGAGCUUGUUGAAAGAAGUCAGUGGUGCUACUGUGUUUGAAACUAAACUAAAGGAGUCCAGUAAGGAGAUGGAACAAAGUAAUUUGAAGAUCAAGUUGAUUGAUGACACUUUGGACCUGGUUCAAGAAAGAUUGCGUGAUUUACAAGUGGAAUCUGAUGAUUUGAAACAAUAUCAGAAACUAGAAAAGCAAAAGAAAAUCUUGGAAUAUAAUAUCUUUGAUCGUGAGUAUAAUGAAUUGAAUGAAAGUAUUGAUAAUAUUGAGGUGAAAUGUGAAGAGUAUAUCGAGCAAUCUAAGGAAAAUUUGCAGAAACUAGACACUAGAGAAAAAUUAUGCGUUCAGUUACAAGAUAGUAUUAACGAGUUGAAAAUCUCCCUCAAAGUGGCUCAAUUGGAUAAAGAUCAAAACGAUUUGGAUUUCAAUCAACUCUUGAAACAAAUUACUGACAAGGAAAUUAAACUUAAUGAAUUACGGAAUAAUGAAGAGAUGUCAAGUGAAAUGGGAGAUCAAUUACAACAACAGAUUGAUCAUUAUACUAAAGUAAUUGACAAACAUAAAACCAAGAUCGCCUUGUUAAAGCCAAAACUUAUCGAGUUGAACAAGCAGGAAACUUUGCAAAAGCAAAAGUUGGAAGAAACAACUUCAAAGCAGCGAGCUUUACAUUCGAAGCAAAGUCGAUUCUCCAAGUUCAACUCCAAGUCAGACAGAGAUAAAUUUCUUUCUCAAGAAAUAUCCAAAUUGAAACGUGAUUUAGAAAUUAACCAAAAGGAGAUUAAUCUGAUCAGUAACGAUAUCAAGUCUCGUGAGUCACAAUUACAUGAAUUAACCACUGAGAUUGAUCUGUUGACUUCUCAACUCAAUGAUCCCGCCCAUAUCCAACAAAUUGCCGAAUUGAAAACCACAAUUACCAGCUUAAAAUCGCAGACUACUGACUUGUCAGAUAAGAAGAAAGAGCUUUGGCGUGAUCACAUGUCGAUAUCCGGAAGACACUCGUCCUUGCAAAAUGAUUUACAAGUAGCAACCAGCAUGGUUAAUCAAACCAUGAAUCGUCAACAGGCUAAAGGUAUAGAGGCCGUGCGUACUAUCACCAAGAAACUUAACUUGUCAGAAAACGUCUUUGGUACCGUUGCUGAGUUGUUUAAUGUUAAUGAUAAGUACAAAACGGCGGUGGAAUGUAUUGCAGGUAAUGCUCUUUUCCACGUUGUCGUAGACACUGACGCCACUGCUGCUAGAAUUAUGGAAGAAUUGAACAAUUCCAAUUCGGGUAGAGUUACAUUCAUGCCCAUGAACCGAUUGGAGAAUAUUAACGUUGGUUAUCCUGAUUCUGCUGAGCAUCAAUGUUUGCCAUUGAUUUCCAAGUUGAAGUUUGAUAUCAAGGUGGAAAAGGCAAUGCAGGUCAUUUUCGCAAGAUGUAUCGUAGUGAACGAAUUGAGUAAAGGUGCCGAUCUUGCGCGUAAGUUUAAGUUGAAUGCAAUUACAUUAGAUGGUGAUCAAGCUGACACUAGGGGUGUAUUAUCUGGUGGUUACCGUGAUUUCAAAAAAUCUCGUAUUGACGCAUUGAAGUUACAACAAAAGAAACAAGGCGAAUUAGCGAAAGCCAGUGCUGAAGUCAAGAGGAUUGAAACGGAAAUCAAUCAAGUCGAAACUAAGUUGACUGAAGUUAAAGAUCAAUUGACGUUAGCUGUUCGUGAAUUGAACUCCAAAACUAUGGAACCGGUUAAAGUUCAAUUAUCCCAGGCCAACAAUAAAAAGUAUAAUCUUGACCAAGACUUAUCGAGAUUGAAGUAUAAUCUUGAAUCAGCCCAGGCUACCAAGAAAUCUUUAUCUUUGAGGUUGAAGCAGUAUGAAUUGGAGUUGGACUCCAAGUUCACCCAACUGCUUUCCAAGGAGGAGUUGGCUGUCAAGGAUAAGCUUGCGGUUGAGAUUCCUAAGAUUGAAUCGACAUUGGAUGACGUCGUAACUAAGUUUUCUGAAUUGGACACAGAAAUAUCUAAACUCGAAUCGGAAAUCACUAACAAUUAUGAGCCCAAAUUGAACCAAUUGCGUCAAGACCAAAUCAGACUCGGGUCAAAAACUUAUCACGAUUUAGAAAUUGAUGAACGAGAAACCGAACUUGAAAGAUUAAAGAUCCAAUUGGACACUUCCCAAUCGCGUCACUUGGAACUUGGUCAAGCAUUGGCUAAGUUAGAAUCAGAAAUCACCAAUAGUGAAAAUGAACUAAAGAAAGCGAAUAAUAAGCAAAAUUCGCUCUUGAAUGAAUUGGACAAGAUUAAGAAGAAGUUGGAAAAAGUAUCCAAUGAAAAGUCCAUCAAAAUUAUCACCCGAGAUGAAGUGCAGAAGAAGAUUAGAGAGUUGGGGGUGUUGCCUGAAGAAGCGUUCCAGUCUGAAAAGUACAAGAAAUAUGAAUCUGGGGAAUUAAUCACGAAAUUGAAUCAAGUGAACACGGAAUUAACCAAAUAUUCCCAUAUCAACAAGAAAGCACUAGAGCAGUAUAACCAAUUUACAAAGCAACGAGACGAGUUGGUUACAAGAAGACAAGAGUUGGAGACUUCUAAGAACUCGAUUGAGACUUUGAUUGCCAAUUUGCAACAACAAAAGGGUGAUGCUAUACGAAAGAGUUUUGACCAAGUUUCCAAGAGUUUCCAUGAGAUUUUCGAGAAGCUUGUGCCUGCUGGUGUAGGACACUUGAUCAUGCAAGGUAGCAGUGACAGCGAUUCGAUUAAUGAUUACACUGGUGUUUCUAUUUCCGUGUCGUUCAAUUCCAAACAUGAUGAACAACAAAGAAUUGAACAGUUGUCUGGGGGACAAAAGUCGUUAUGUGCUAUUGCGCUUAUCUUUGCUAUUCAAAGUUACGACCCUGCUCCAUUUUACUUGUUUGAUGAAAUUGAUGCUAAUUUAGACACGCAAUACCGGACAUCGGUAGCUAAUUUGAUCAAGAACUUGUCGCGGAAUGCGCAGUUUAUAUGCACCACUUUCCGACCGGAAAUGUUACAAGUAGCAGAUAAAUUCUAUGGUGUCAUGUUUGCUAACAAGGUGAGUUCAAUCAGUGAGAUUAAUAAAGAGGAGGCGUUGUCGUUUGUAGAAGGGCAACAGAGGGGAUAG